AAUGGCCAGCUGUAUCGUGUGUGGUUUCUUUCAGGGCAUGUGCUCAAUGAUUUUGAAUCAUUGCCCUCUGAAGCCAAUAUUCAAGCUGCCGGUUCCUCGUCACAGCCAUUCGAGGAAGCGACAGAGGCAGUGGUUAAAUUCACCUCUGCUUGUGCAGAACUGUCUGUUGUCAGCUGCCACUCUGCUUCUUCCACUUGCCAGAUUACUCUAGGUUUUGAUUCUCCUUUGACAAAGCUUGGUUCAACUUCAUUAAACCCUGUAGUACUGGACGAUAGAGGGGGUGAAGAGGAGUUUCUUACAAAGGAGGAAGAAAGUUUUGACUUUUUACGCAAGGCCGACAAACUUGCUCCCUCUGCACAGGUACAUAUAUGUGGAAGUCAACUGGCCGAAACUGUUAGAGAAUCAGUGUUUGAACUUGACCCACCAAUCUUACCUUCAUUACCUGCUACGACUCAGGCCAUGUCUCAGCCAACCUUCGCGCCCAGAUAUGCGUCUGCUUUCCGAGUUCCUGUGGCCUGUGCGACUGCAUUUUCCCAGUCUGCCAUUCCAUCUCUCCCUAUCACUUCUACUAAGGCAGGUGUCAAUACUUCUUCCACCUUCCCAAAUCGAGCUUUGGAAGCAGGGGAAGACUUGGGUCAUUCGUUUUCCUCUUGCAUGCCCUCUUCCCUGAAUCGUCCUUCAUCUUACAAUUUAUUUGCUGUUGACACCACCGGGCUAACUGGUUUGAGAAACAAUAGUGAAAUCAGUACUUCACUCCCCAUGCAUACCGGCAUCAUUAAUGCCUCCAAUAAUGUCAUCGUCAAUGCUAGGGAGAUUAAAUCUACACUUGCCGACCUAUCCAAGGUUGAAGCUGUUGAACUAACCUCUGGUGAUGGGGCUAGUGCGUUUGCUGCUCAAAGUCGUCCAGCUGGACAGCUUGCAAUGGGCUUGAGGCGUCACCUUCUUGUAUUCAGUAGCCUCAGCGAGCUACGGCUGCUGCGUCAUUGGCUGACGGUCCAAAAGCAGACAUGUGAGAAUGUGGAACAGAAUCUUGGGAAGGCGCCUGGAAAGAAUGAAUCCGGUGGACAAGAGAAGGAAAACAGCAUGGCAAACUCUGAAAAAGUAAGGGAACAGCACAUAAGCUAUUUUUCUCUUGCGUUUUUAUUUGAAAUGACCUGGAUAAGGGUGCUACUUGCGGGAUUUCCAAAGGAAUACAGCUAG